UAUUUUAUUUAGAGACAAUCUAUGUCAGAUGUAUUUAAUGCUUGCUGCGGAAGGUUACACAACUAUUGGCAUCUACUAGAUAAUGACCUACAACGACUUUAACCCUUUUACUGGUCGAUUAAAAAAAUCUACACGAUUUCAACCAUUAUAUCCAUUAAAGCCCAGUGUAUUAAAUACAUCAGAACAAAAACUAAUUUGGGACAGUAUGACAACUAAAUCGGCUGAAGUCAAGGCACCUAAUACAGGUCGAUCAAGCUCUAAUCUUAAAAUAUAUAAGACAUAUGAUUUUUUCCAGAAAAAUAUACACGCACCGGUGUAUAAGAUGGCUGGAACCAGAGACAUGCUUUUAUUUGGCAUAACACUUACAUUAAUGGCUGGCUGUGCUGUUAAUACUGGGAAGCUAUUAUAUGAUUUUUUUAAAAAGUAUUGAGUAUAUGUAUAUAAUGUAGAAAUAUAGAAAAAUGUAACAUGCAUAUUAUUAUUAUGUAAUGUAUAAAAUAAAAAGUAAAAAGAGUAAUGACAUAAAAAA